AUGCGGUUGCGACCCCAUCCGUCAGUUAUCAGAUGCCGGCGAUUGUACAGCAAAAAACCGACUGAAAAUGCUAGUAAGGAGUCCGAAGAGGCUGAAAGAGACCACUCGGCGUUAAUCGAUCGGUUUACCCAAAUUGCUGAAGCGAAACUCCAACAUAGCGGUAACCCUUCGCAACAGGCAAAGCUAGAUCCCACCUUCAACAAAUUAUACGAUCAAUACAAACCCAAUUCCAUUGAUCAGCGAGCUGCAGGGUACAUCAAAAGCGAACCUUUGCUCAACACAAAUCCCCAUGCUAAAGACAUUGCUCAGGCUCAACCUUGGAAGGGCUCGGAGCUGGUCAUCGAUGGCAACUUGCGUAUGUUGAUGGACCUGGCACCAAAACCAAUGAAAAAUAAUGGCCGCCGUCUCCAUGAUGCUCGUGAAGCGCUGCUUGAUUACAAACUCAACCCCAAAAAGCUGGAAGAUGAGCAGUUUCGAGAGAUGUACCGCGAACGUCUCCUAGGACCACUGAUGUUCAAAACCAACGGUCCAUCUCUGGGUGUGGAUUUAAUUGGACUGGUGGCGGGGGCUAAAAUCAAUGCGCUGAUCAAUCAAGACACGGGAAAAUUUGAUCUGGCGGAAAUGACGCUGAUUCGGGGCAAACCUCUUGACCGCGAUCAUCUUCGAAACAGUACUGACACCAACUAUUUCAUGAAUCAAUUACUCAAUAAGCAACAGGUGCUCCCCCCAUUUGUUGAGUCACAACAAUCAAUCCAUAGUGAGAUUACUGGGUUACGCAAAAGCUUAGAUGAUCGGUGGUUUAAUUAUGUCUUAAACAAGCUGGCUAUUUCCAAUCAGUUACAUCUCAAAUCUGCCACCCUCUUCGGUGGUUUAGAGUUGUUCAAGGCCAACUUUAGUCCUAACGUGAUUUUAACAUUACCAGAAAAAGACCAGGAAUAUGUUGAGGCUCAUGUCGCUGACAUUAAUCAAAAGAUUCGCCUGUAUAAUCUUCAGUGCCCUCUGACACAUCUUCACCGUUUGAAACUCUCAGUUGACAAGGAACUGAAUGAAUCAUAUCAGCGGAUGGUAUUUUUGGUGAAGAUACCCCCAGUCUGA